AUGGCCUCCCCUGUUUUUCUGCUCUUCAAUGCAUUUCUACUUUCUUUGAGCUUAAUGAAGGAUUUUCUUCUCUUAUGCAACGCUGAUCUCACUAAUGGUUUUAUUCCCUUGUACCUAACUGAAGCAAAUUUUGUACUACAGAAGCCAUAUGAUGUACCUUUAUCAGACCGCUAUAGGUAUGCUAAUGGUGUGCACCGCAUGUGGGUUUACUCCAUUGACAGGCCAUAUAAAGCAGGAAGCCCUACCGGCCCACGAACUGAGAUUCGAUUCAACGGUUAUGAUUAUUCUAGCGGAAUAUGGCAUUUUGAGGGGUAUGUUUUUGUGCCAUAUGGAACAAGUGGCGCAUCUAUCAUGCAAAUUCAUCGAACAAAUGGAGAGAAACCAGCUACAGAUUUGAUGCUUAUGAUUUUUAAUGGAGAAUUGAGGUUCUACUCCGGGGAAGUAAUGGAAUCUAAUAUUUACAACAGAUGGGUAAAAGUGAAUGUGAUACAUGAUGUUGAUGCUAAUAAGUUGACCAUUUUUAUUAAUGGUGUUAUAAUGCUUGAAGUAGAUGGAAAAGGUGUCAGUAAUUUUUAUUUCAAAUGUGGUGUUUAUGCACAACGUAAUGGCAGCUACUAUAUGGAAUCAAGAUGGAGGGAUAUCAAAAUUUAUAAGAAGAAAAUUUACUAUGGAGGCGGAUUAGACAAUAUAAAGAAUUGA